AUGGAGCUUAAGAAUAAAGUAAGUUCUUUAUCUGAAAAGAAAGAGAACACGCUUAAAAAUGGUAGAAGUUUUUGUUAUGAUUUCCCCAAAUGCAUAUACUCUGCUCUACAGAUCAUUAUACUUGCCUUGAGAAAAAUACUUUUCGAUCCAUCAGUUGAUGAUAUUGAGUCUUGGCUAGCCAGGUUUGAUGUUUUCAUCACCAUUUCUCAGGAAGAAGAUCGUCUGAAAGGGUUCUAUUUGCUUAACGCUUUGUCUUCUAAUGCACACCAUGUGCUAGCAGCGUUUGCAAAGCCUGCUGAAGCGACGACUUUUACUUAA